AGAAAGAAAGAAAAGAAACAUAGAGCUAAUUUCCUCGUAUUCUUUCUUCUUUGGCUCUCUCUGGUGUUAGCUUCCAUCGUCUCUGCGCCCCCAUGAGGGAGUGUUAGGGUAUUGGUUGAUCUAUUGUCUGAUCAUUUGAUUUGCUACGAGAGAUCUGUUGAAGAAAGUAAAAUCUAGGGUUAGGGAUCUAUCGGAUUCCAUCUAAUGGGUAAAUAUGACGGCUCUAACCCUCAGAUGGCAUAUUGCGGAGUUGGGAAUAACUUUGUUUCAGUCAACCUGAACAAGUCCUAUGGCCAACAAUCAUCUAAACAUCACUACCCUUCACAUUAUUCAGGUUCUUAUGGGUCGAACAGGGGUCGGACCGUUGCUGGUGGCAGAGGAGGGGGAGGAAUGGUGGUUCUUUCGCGACCUCGGAGCUCCCAAAAGGCUGGGCCCAAGUUAUCUGUUCCACCCCCCUUGAAUUUACCAUCCAUGAGGAAGGAACAUGAAAGAUUUGAUUCGCUGGGGACUAGUGGCAUGCCUGCCGGUGGUGGGAUUUCGGGGAAUGGGCCAAGACCUACAUCAUCCGGGAUGGGAUGGACAAAGCCUGUUACAGUCGUUUUGCAGGAGAAAGAAGGGUGGCAUGGUAAUCAUGUGAAUUCUGGGGUUGAUCAGAGUUCCAAUAUCGAUGAUGGCAUAAGUAGGGGAAAUUGUGGUGUUCCUGUAUCACCUUCGGCUAGGCUGUGUUUGGUAGGGCCAAAUAUCUCAGUGUCUGCUUCAACUCAAGGUUUUCCGCCUCUGGAUAAAGCUACAGUGUUGCGGGGAGAGGAUUUUCCUUCAUUGAAGGCAGCCUUGCCUAUUGUAUCAGGGACUGAAAAGAAACACAAGGAUGGUCUGUGUCAGAAACAGAAGCCAUUGGCAAGGGAGCUGUCUAAUGAGCAAAGGGAUGGUUCUCGUUCGAGUUCGGUUAUUGAUAUGCGCCCUCAAUUGCAUUCAGGAAGAAUUGCUGCUGACAAUGGCUUGAGUGAGAAUGGUAGUGAAGGACAUGGUGUAAUUGGUUCUCGUUUAUUAGAGCAAGGCAAGAAGCCUGAUGAUUAUUUUCCGGUUCCACUUCCACUGGUUCACUUGAAUCCAAGAUCUGACUGGGCUGAUGAUGAACGUGAUACAGGUCAGGGUUUUACAGAUCGGGGAAGGGAUCAUGGAUAUUCAAAAAAGGAAGUCUACUGGGAUAGAGCUAUCGAUAUGCCAAGGGCUGGUGUGCUGCCACACAGGCCAGCACAUAGUCCUUUAGACAAAUGGGGACAGCAUGAUAAUGAAACCAGACGAACUCCUUCCUCUGAAGUCUCUAAAUUGGACCCUUAUGGAAGAAAUAGAAAAGUACCAAGCAGAGAAGGGCGUGAAGGAAAUUCAUGGAGAGUUUCUUCCCCUCUUCGUAAAGAGAGAAUUGGUUCUCAUGAAAUUGCAAGUGACAAAAAUGCUUUUGGAUCAAUGUCUUCAAGUGGGAGCAAAGAAAAGGAGAGUAAAUAUAUUUCGUCGCCGUCAAGGGACAAUGCUAGGGAUGAUAUUGGAAAAAGGGAUGUCGGUUAUGGAAAUGGAGAAAAACAAGCUUGGAUCAACACAACUGAAAGGAAUGUAAGGGACCAUUACGGCAAUGAACAGUACAAUAGAUACAAAGGUGAUGCUUUCUAUAAUAGCUCCUUAUCAAAAUCUUCUUCUUAUGGUGGUAAAAGAUUUCCUGCUAAUGACCCUGGACUAAAUCUUGGUAUAGCAAAACGUCCUUUGUCCAAGAAUGAAAAACCAUAUUUGGAAGACCCUUUCUUGAAGGACUUUGGGGCUACUGGAUUUGAUGGAAGGAACCCAUUUGCUAGCAAUCUUGUUGGGGUCAUAAAGAGGAAAGAUGUGCACAAGCAAACUGAUUUUCUUGACCCUGUCAGAGAAUCAUUUGAGGCUGAACUCGAGAGAGUGCAGAAUAUGCAGGAGCAGGAGCGGCAGCGAAUUGUUGCAGAACAAGAAAGAGCUUUGGAGGAAGCUCGUAGAGAAGAAGAGGAUAGACUGCAGUUGGCAAGGGAAAAAGAAGAGCAGCAGAGGAGGAUAGAAGAAGAAGCUAGGGAAGCUGCAUGGAGAGCUGAACAAGAGCAGUUGGAAGCCUUACAAAGGGAAGAAGAGCAGAGGAUUGCCAGAGAAGAAGAAAAACACAGGAUUCUUAUGGAGGAGGAAAGGAGGAAACAGGCUGCUAAACAAAAACUCUUAGAGUUGGAGGAAAGGAUUGCCAAGAGGCAGGCUGACACAUGUAAGAGUGGUGGUAAUAUAUCUGCUGGAGCAGAUGAGAAAAAUUCAGGUAUGGAAAAAGAAAGAGACGCAUCAAAAGCAACAGAUGUGAGUGAUUGGGAAGAUGCUGAAAGGAUGGUCGAAAGAAUAACAACUUCAGCAUCUUCAGAUUCUUCUGGUCUAAAUAGAUCCUUUGAAAUGACUUCUCAUCCUCACUUCUCUAGUGCUUCGGAAUUUUCAGAUAGAGCUAAGCCCUUUAAUUCAUGGAGGAGAGAUGUAUUUGAAAAUGGAAACAGCUCUGCUUUCACUGGUCAUGAGACAGAAAAUGGUAACCGUAGCCCCAGGCGAGAUAUUGGUGGUAGACCUUUUCCAAGGAAAGAUUUUUAUGGAGCAACCCCAUACAUUUCUUCUAGGCCUUACUAUAAACUAAGGGUUCCGGAGUCCCACAUGGAUGAUUUUGGUCAGCCGAAGGUUCUUCAGAGUUUGAAUGUUUCUGCAGAUGGUGACUGCCACGGCAGGAAUACUGCGAUUGAAUCUGGAUAUCAUGACAAUCUAGCUCAGAAUUAUGGUGAUGCGCCACGGGGGCAGCAUUGUCGUGGUAUUAUUUAUCCUCCUAACCCUGAGAGAUUCUAUAACAAUCCUGAAGUCGAUGGGCUUUCUUCCUUUGGGAGGUCACGAUAUUCUGUGAAGCAGCCUCGUGUUUUGCCUCCUCCAUCUGUGUCUUCAAUGCAGAAAACCUCAUAUAGAGGUGAGAAUGUGUGUCCUGGUCCCUCGACAUUCCAAGAAAAUGAGGGACAAUCUACUCAUGCAAGAAGAAGUGGAUUUGGCUUGGAGGGAGUUUAUGAUAGUGGUCGUCAAGAUGAUCUUGGACAGCAUAAAAUUUUAGUUCGUCAAACUGAUAAUACCAAUAAUGAAGCCCAGAAAGUGGAAGACUCACAGUCAUCCCUAUCUGUUUCAAGCCCCCCAGAUUCCCCAAUACAUCUUUCUCAUGAUGAGUUAGAUGUGUUUGGAGAUUCUACUGUAUCAUCUGUUGAGGAGGGUAAAGAGGCUGGGUUGUCAGUGCAGGGGAUUGAACCCUUUACCGUUGAAGCUGGGAAAGAGAAUGUUCAGAUUGCCUCAAGUUCUAUUUCUGCUGGUGAAGAUGAUGAAUGGCCUAUUGAUAAUAAACAGUUGCAGGUGCAAGAAGAAUAUGAUGAGGAUGAAGAUGGAUACCAGGAAGAAGAUGAAGUGCAUGAAGAAGAUGAUGGUAAUGUUGAUCUGAUGCAAGAGUUCAAUGAAAUGCAUCUAGAGGAUAAGCAGUCUCCUGACAUGAUGGACAACUUGGUGUUAGGCUUCAAUGAGGGGGUUGAGGUGAGCAUCCCAAAUGACGAGUUCGAUGAAAGUUCGAGGAAGGAGGACUCUGCAUAUUCAAUAUCUCAGAUUUCUGUUGGCACUGUAGAAGAGAAGGCAUCUUUUGAUGGGAUAAAUAGUGAUAGAAAACCCCUUCAGUCCAUGGAUUCAUCUUUCCAAGGGAGUUUAGAUAAUUCUAGAAUUUUCCAGGAAACUAAGAAGCCAAUGCAGGAUCUUGUUAUUCAACCUACUGCUGAUCCUAAAUCAUGUGAGGUAAUGGAUAAUGUGGAUGCUACUGGUAGCUCCAAUGGGUUGGCUGAGCAUACUCUCCCCUAUUCUGUCGUAACUGCUUCCAAUUCAACAUCUGGUCUGAGUGGCACACCUAAUGCUUCUGUUCCAACUAAGGAUGAAGUACCUGUAAAACUCCAAUUUGGGCUGUUUUCAGGCCCUACAUUAAUACCUUCCCCAGUUCUUUCCCUACAGAUUGGUUCAAUGCCUCUCAAUUUGCAUCCUGAGGUUCGAGUUGGACAAUCUUCCGGCCAAAUGCACACAUCACAGCGUCCUCUCUUUCAAUUUGGUCAGUUAAGAUAUACAUCUCCUAUUUCCCAGGGUAUGCUGCCGUUGGCUCCACAAUCUCUGUCUUUUGUCCACCCAAAUGUUUCAGCUAACUUAUCCCUCAACCAGAAACCUGGAAUCCCUUUUCAGCAGUCCAGUCAAGAUACUUCUGUGCUUAAUCUAAUAAAAACUGAAGUUUCAUCUCUUCUGGAAAAUCAGUCGGGUCUUCCAAGGUCUUGGGAUUUAUCACAUGGGAAUGUGUUGAAAGAGGAAAGUUCCAUACCAGCCAGAGAAAACAGAGAGAAUGUUGUGACAAAACAUGGUCAUGUAGGGAUAUUAAAUAUUGGUGAGAAUACAACUUGGUCAGACUCAAGUUUCCUUUCAGAAUAUCAGGGGCACCAGAAUUCAGUUUGCGGGGACUCCAAACCCUUGUCUUCUAAACAAUCUGGCAGUGACAUUCAAACUGUUCUGACAUCAUCCCAGUCAGCUCCGAAAGAUAAAAUUUUAAGUGGAGUAAGAGGUCAAACUUAUAGUAAUAGGGGGAAAAAGUACGCCUUUGCAGUUAAAGGUCCAAGAUCUGCUUUUCCAUCUUCUGAGGCUUCUCGCCAAGAGUCUACUGGAUAUCAAAGGAGGGCUCGGCGUCCUCGGACUGAGUUUAAAAUUAAGGAAAAUUCUGAUAAGAAGCAGUCUUCUAGAAUGGUUUCUUCAAACCAAAUUAAUCAAGUUGAGCUGGCUGAGAAGUCAAGUGCCAAUGAGAGUUCUGGAUUUUCUACAAGAGAAGGGGUGAGGAAAGUCACUUUGAAUAAGUCGAAGCAGAGAGUUGAAUCAGAAUAUUCUACUUCAGUUCUGGGCAGUUAUCUGCAGAUAAAUUCUGGGAACAGGAAUGGAAAGGGGUUGGGAAAAGAAUCAUUGAUGAGGAGUUUGAAUGUCCCACACUCUGAAGAAAGUAAUCUUAAGAGGGACAUUGAAAAGGAUGUAGAUCCUCCUUUGGAAAGUGGCAUUGUGCGCAUAUUUGAGCAACCUGGAAUAGAAGCAGCCAGUGAUGGAGAUGACUUCAUUGAGGUCAGAUCAAAGAGGCAAAUGCUGAAUGACAGGCGUGAGCAGAGAGAAAAAGAAAUCAAAGCAAAGUCUCGGAUCACGAAGAUGCCAAGGAAACCUCUAUCAAUUCCACAAAGGUCCACUGUCUCGGCAUGCUCCCAUAGAACUGCUUCAGCAAGUGGCGAAGAAACGGAAAAUGUCGGCUCUGAUUUUGUCACCACUGAGGGACGUAAUCUGUCAAAUAAUGAACCAGCAACAGGAUUCGUUGCAACCAUAGUAUCCCAACCCUUGGCUCCAAUUGGCACUCCUGCCACUAAAAUUGAUGCACAGGCCGAUAUAAGAACGCAUGCACUGAAGUCACUCCAGACAAGCUCCCUUCCAGCCGCCUCUGGUUGUGGACCCAACCUAGGAGCAGGCUUCAUGUUUGAGAGCGACCAUAAGGUUCUUGAUAAUGUUCAGACAUCUCUGGGUUUGUGGGGUAAUUCAUGCACCAGUCAGCAGGUACUGACACAGGUCCAACUUGAUGAUGCAUUGAAGCCUUCUCAAGUUGAUACUUGUGCACCUUUUGGAGAUCAUACUAGCCCCAUUAUGGAUCCUAGCAUGUUAUUGAAGGGAAAGUCAUCUCCUGCUGCAAGUGCACUAAAUACUUUGUUUGCUGGGGAGAAAAUACAAUUUGGAGCAGUUACAUCUCCGACAGUUCUCCCUUCUGGUGUUCGUGUCGCUUCACAUGGUAUUGGCCAUCCAGGUCCAUCUCGAUCAGAAAUUCAAAUGUCUCACCAUGUUUAUGAAGCCGAGAAUGAUUGUAGCUUUUUCUUUGAGAAAAAGAACUCAAAUGAAUCUUGUCUUCAUUUGGAAGAUUGUGGAGCUGAAGCCGAAACAGCUGCUUCUGCUGUUGCUGUUGCAGCUAUUACUAAUGACGAGAUUGUUGGGAAAGUUAUGAGUACCUGUACUGUUUCUGCUUCAGAUGAUAGAGGUUUUGGAGGUGCAGCCAUUGAUGUUAUCGGUGCAUUUGGUUGUAGUCAGCAAUUAGCAAGUCAAUCCAAGGCAGAAGAGUCUCUCAGUGUUUCUCUUCCUGCAGAUCUUUCUGUUGAGAAUCCUCCAAUAUCUUUGUGGCCACCUUUACCUAGUCCACAGAAUUCAAGCCAGAUGAUUUCUCAUAUUCCUGGAGGCCAUCCUUCACAAGUCCCCUUCUACGAGAUGAACCCCAUGAUUGGGGGUCCAAUUUUUGCCUUUGGGCCACACGAGGAAUCUUCAUCUAGUCAAUUGCAGCCUCAGAAGAGUAGCUCGCCGGCUUCAGGUCCCCUAGGGACCUGGCAUCAAUGCCCGUCUGGAGUAGAUUCCUUCUAUGGUCCUGCGACAGGAUUCACUGGCCAUUUUAUCCCCCGACCUGGAGGUAUCCCUGGGAUUCAAGGCUCACCCCAUAUGUUUGUGUAUAACCAUUUUGCUCCUGUUGGACAGUUUGGACUAAGUUUCAUGGGUGCAACCUACAUCCCAUCUGGCGAGCAACCAGAUUGGAAGAACAAGCCUGCUUCUUCAGCCAUUGGUGAAGGGGAUGUGAACAAUUUGAACAUGGCAUCAUCACAGCAUAAUUCUUCUAACAUGCCUGCUCAAAUCCAGCAUCUUGCCCCUGGCCAUGGUUCGCCUCUUCUGCCCAUGGCUUCUCCACUUGCCAUGUUUGAUGUGUCUCCUUUCCAGGCUGUUCCAUCAUCAUUUCCGUUGCAGCAACAGGCUGUUGUACUACCUUCUGGGUUCAGACAUGUCCCUCCUGUUGACAAGUCAUUGGCUAGCGAUAGAUUCCUCGAGACCCAAACAUCAGCCUCUGACGCCAAUCUGAAAUUUCCUGUGACGACAGAAGCAACCUUCACCCAGUUGCCUGAUGAACUAGGGUUGGUGGAAGCAUCUAGCUCCACCAUUGCUACCACUUCUGCACAACACGUUCCUAAAAGCUUGUCCCUCACUGAAGUUGCAGAUACUGGCAAUACUGAUGGCCAAAAUGGUGGUGGUAUUAAAAGUAAUUGCCAGACUACAAUCUCUGCGGUCAAGUCUCCAUCUUCCCAACGAAAGAACAUCUCACCUUCCCAGAAUUACUGUAAUUCAUCCGGGUACGGUCAUCAGAGAGGAAGUGGAGUUUCACCAAAGAACGGCUCGGGUGAAUGGAGUCAUCGAAGAAUGGGGUUCCAAGGAAGAAACCAAUCCGUUGUUGGAGACAAGUACGGCAAGGUAAAGCAGAUUUAUGUGGCUAAACAAACCAGUAAAGGGACAUCAACAUGAUGAUGGUGAUGAUGAUGAUGGGAAAAUAAGCAAAAGAAGCUUAUCGGACUAAAGUCAGAAAUAGGUUGAAGGAGUGGAGCAUUUGGUAAAUGCUGGGUUUUGGAAUUUUACCAGUAGGAGCUAAGCUAUCAAAUUGCUAAGUUGGUUUCCCAGAUGAAUAUUUGCUAUACUGGUUAAUAAGUAGCAGUUUUGAUUUCUAGCUAGGAAGAGAUCUGGGGAUUUAUUUGGUGUGCCUAGUUGACGUUUACCUCUUGUUUGUGUGGAGGAGCCUUCAU